GGGGAGACAGAAACGUGAGGAUUCCGGGAAGAUGUCUAGGAGACACUAGACCCCGUGGGCGUCCCAGGCCGUGUUCUGUCCAAGGCACCAUCUCUUUGGUUAGGGAAGAUGGGGACACCAGAUCUGCAGGGCCUCCUCCUCCUCCUUUUCCCGUUGCUGCUGCCGCCGCACGGGGCCUCAGCAGGGAGCCUGCACAGUCCAGGCCUGUCCGAAUGCUUCCAGGUGAACGGCGCUGACUACCGCGGCCACCAGAACUACACCGGCCCGCGCGGAGCUGGGCGCCCAUGUCUUUUCUGGGACCAGACGCAGCAGCACAGCUACAGCAGCGCCAGCGAUCCCCAGGGCCGCUGGGGGCUGGGUGCGCACAACUUCUGUAGGAACCCAGACGGUGAUGUACAGCCCUGGUGCUACGUGGCGGAGACAGAAGAGGGCAUCUACUGGCGCUACUGUGAUAUCCCCACAUGCCACAUGCCCGGGUACCUGGGCUGCUUCAUGGACUCUGGGGCACCCCCUGCUCUCAGUGGUCCCAGUGGCACCUCCACCAAGCUCACAGUUCAGGUGUGCCUUCGAUUCUGCCGCAUGAAGGGCUACCAGCUGGCUGGCGUGGAGGCUGGUUAUGCCUGCUUCUGUGGCUCUGAAAGUGACCUGGCCCGGGGACGUCCAGCCCCUGCCACCGACUGUGACCAGAUCUGUUUUGGCCACCCAGGCCAGCUGUGUGGAGGCGAUGGACGACUGGGCAUCUAUGAAGUGUCUGUGGGCUCCUGCCAGGGAAACUGGACGUCUCCUCAGGGUGUCAUCUAUUCCCCGGAUUUUCCGGAUGAGUAUGGGCCAGACCGGAACUGCAGCUGGGUACUGGGCCAGCUGGGCGCUGUGCUAGAGCUCACUUUCCGCCUCUUCGAGUUGGCUGAUUCUCGAGACCGGCUGGAGCUACGGGACGCCUCGUCAGGCAACCUGCUCCGUGCCUUCGACGGCGCCCAUCCGCCGCCACCGGGGCCGCUGCACCUGCGCACCGCUGCACUGCUGCUCACCUUCCGCAGCGACGCACGAGGCCACGCUCAAGGCUUCGCGCUCACCUACCGCGGGCUGCGGGAUACAGUGGAGGACAGAGCAUCUCCAGAGGACUUGGCCGAGACUCCCGUAGGGGACUCCGAUGGGGCUAACGUGAGCUGCAGCCCCAAGCCCGGAGCUGCACAGGCUUCGAUACGUGCCCGAGUCUUCUCCACCAUGACGGCCAUCUCUGUGCUGCUGCUGUUGCUCCUGUCGCUACUGCGUUUGCUGCGUCGACGGAGCUGUCUGCUGGCUCCAGGAAAAGGGCCCCUGGCCAUGGGACCUUCCUGGGGCCCCGGGAGAAGCUGGGCUGUGUGGUACCGCCGGCCCCGAGGGGUGGUCCUGCCCUGUCCCCCAGGGGACUCUCAGGCUGAGGGUCCUGCUGCGGGCUACCGGCCCCUGAGUGCCUCCAGCCAGAGCUCCUUGCGCUCGCUCGUCUCUGCCCUCUGACCCCAGACGUAAGUGAGUCCAUCACCACUUCUGCCAGCGAGAUGGACACCUGAGAUAUUAUGCAGCACCCUACCUCUACCU